UCUGUAUCAUUACUUUGUCAAGUUAAAACUGUCUAUAGUAUUUUAGGGAGAGUGGUUCUUGUCGUGUGUGAUUUAUCAACUUCCAUUUGCAAUUCUUAAGAAAGAGUAAUUAGCUUGUUUCCUAACCAAAAUUUGUGCAACAUGGAUUAAUAACUAUUGUGUUGCUAUGAUACCCGACUCGUCAAACAUGUAAUGGGACUUUAUAAAGUUUUCUUCAAAGGCAGCAAAUGCAUGAGACUCUUUAUGUUGCUCUAAUUGUUAGAUAUAUUGUUGUAAUUUGAAGUUUGGUCUCAAAUUAAAACUCAAAAUCAUGUGUCUUUUUGCCGUAAUACUACCCAGGCCUUACCUCUGAUGGGCUAACACAAAGGUAGUGAAACAACUUCAUGUGUCUAGAAAUCAAGAAAAAUGACCUACAAUUGAUUAAUUAGUAACUGACCCAUAUAACUGCUUGUUUGAUUUCAACCUUUAUUCAUAUAUUUAAUGUUUGUCCGUCAUUUUCCGAGCUCCAAGCUCAAAACUUUCCUCCCUUGCUUCAGUACCUUUGAACGUUAUUCUUCCCGCCGUACCAGUAAACCCCCCAAAUCACCUCAACUUGUCUACGCAAGCAACAUCAAAAUCAACGAAUUGGCACGGCAAGGCAAACUUCAACAAGCCCGGAAGGUGUUUGAUGAAAUGUUACAAAGAGAUGUAGUUUCUUGGAAUUCAAUGAUUACAGCCUAUUGGCAAAAUGGGUAUCUGGAUGAGUCAAAGAAACUCUUUGUAUCAAUGCCGGAGAUGACUGUAGUUACUUGGAAUUCGAUGAUUGCGGGCUGUGUGGAAAAUGAUCGCAUUGAUAGUGCUACUAUGUAUUUUAGAACUAUGCCUGAGAGGAAUAUUGGGUCCUGGAACGCGAUGAUAUCAGGUUAUGUUAAGUAUGGUAUGAUGGAGGAAGCAGCGAGGUUGUUUGAUGAGAUGCCAAAAAAGAAUGUUAUUUCUUAUACUGCAAUGAUUGAUGGGUAUAUGAAGAAAGGUGAGAUUGACAAGGCAAGGUCACUCUUUGAUCGUAUGCCGCAUAAAAAUGAGGUUUCUUGGACUGUGAUGAUUAGUGGGUAUGUAGAGAACGAGUGUUUCGAUGAGGCAAACAAACUGUUUCAAAAGAUGCCAGAUAAGAAUGAGAAUGUGGUUGCAAUGACAGCGAUGGUUGCUGGGUACUGCAAGGAGGGGCGGGUGGAGGAAGGAAGGAUUUUGUUUGACGGAAUACUAUUUAAAGAUAGUGUUGCCUAUAAUGCGAUGAUUUCAGGUUAUGCACACAACGGCCGUGGUGAAGAGGCAGUCAAGUUACUGGUAGAGAUGCUUAGGAUGUCUCUUCGACCAGAUCAAUCUUCAUGUGCUUCAGUUCUUUCUGCAUGUGCUGAUCUUGCAUCUCCUAUAGCUGGUAGACAAACUCAUGCAGUUGUUAUUAAACAUGGGGCGGACUCCAAUGUCUCCGCAUGUAAUGCUCUGAUUACUAUGUAUAGCAAAUGUGGCAGCAUUUUUGAGUGUGAGUUGGCUUUUGAACUAAUCAUGAGUCCAGACCUUGUUUCUUGGAACACUAUAAUUGCUGCCUUUGCACAGCAUGGGUUGUACGAGAAAGCAGUUGCAUUUUUGGAGCGAAUGGUUCUCAGAGGAUGUGAACCAGAUGGUAUAACAUUCCUCAGCUUAUUAUCUGCUUGUGCCCAUGCAGGGUUGGUUAGUCAGAGCGUUUCUUGGUUUGAUUCAAUGAUGAAAAACUACAAAAUUACUCCGAGACCUGAACAUUACGCUUGUUUGAUUGAUAUACUUGGACGAGCAGGUCAGCUGGACAAGGCUUAUAACAUUAUCCAGGAAUCGCCUUUUGAAGCUGAUUUAGCUUCAUGGGGUGCCCUUCUUGCUGGCUGUCGCGCUCAUUCCAAUGUAGAACUGGGGCAGCUUGCUGCUGAGAGAGUCAUGGAAUUAGGCGGUGAUAGUUCAGGGCCUUACAUUAUGUUAUCUAACAUAUAUGCCGAAGCAGGUAUGUGGCGCGAGGUCACGAGAGUGAGAGGCUUGAUGAAAGAACAUGGCAUCAGAAAGCAACCGGCGUAUAGUUGGAUAGAGAUUGAAAAUAAGGUGCAUUAUUUUCUGGGAGCAGAUAUCUCUCAUCCAAGAAUUCUAGAAAUUCGUACAGCACUCAAGCAGAUGAACUUGCAGAUGAAAUUCCAAGAAAAAGUUUUGGAUUUCACUGACUUUUACUUCCUGGAUGAACUGAAUUGUACAUGUAAUUAGUAUGUCUAUUUUUAGUUAACUUAUUAGAUUUGACAAAUUAUGGACUCUCUGUAUAGAAUGAGAAGUUAUGCUUUGGGUUUUAAAAUUAGACAAGUAAAAGUGGAUGUCUAUUGUUAGCAUAAUGGAUAAAUAAAAAUGGACGGAUCCUAACAUGUAGGCAAAGUUCAUUUCAACAUGUCUUUGAGUAAUUCUGCUGUACUAGAUGAUGUCUCCGAUAGGGCCUCAACACUCAAAUGUGCAUUUUCUAUUAAAAUCAACAUUU